AGGUAAAUCUGAGGACUAUGACAAAGAUUUAGAAGACAAAUUUCGUCAAAUGCUGCAGGGAAACAUGGACAAUCUUCCUAAUCUCCCAAGAUCUGUAGUCCGAAUCUUCAUCAGCUCUACAUUUUCAGACAUGCGAGCAGAGAGAAACAUCCUGUCCCAUGAGGUUUUCCCAAAGCUAAAACAGCUAUGUCUGGCCAAGGAUCUAGAUUUUCAGGUGGUGGACAUGAGGUGGGGUGUUACAGAAGAUUCCCAGAAUGACCACAGUGUGGAGAAAAUCUGUCUUCAGGAAAUUGAGAACUGUCAAAAGUUGUCUCUAGGACCAAACUUUGUGGCAAUCAUUGGAGAUAGAUAUGGAUUUCGUCCAAUACCAACAGAGAUAUUUCAAGAUGACUUCAAGAUCAUACUGUCAUAUGUAACAAAAGAUAUAGAUCUAAAACUGCUUGACACUUGGUAUAAACUAGAUGAAAACUGCAAACCUCAGCAGUAUAUUCUACAGCCAAUCAGCUCUCAGUUUUCUUUUUUCGCUGACUUUUCCCCGGGAUGUGAUGAACACCGUGCUAGACAUACAAAAGAAUGGAACGCCACACUCACCAGCUUACAAAGUGUGUUGAGGGAUGCAGCACUACAAGCUUUCCAUUCCAAAAAAUUUACAGAGGCUCAGAUGCACGAGUAUUUUUACUCAGUCACAGAAAUAGAAAUCAGGAAGGGCAUCCUGUCGUCUGAAGAUCCAGCAUCACAGACAGCAGUAUUCUGCCGUGAAAUCACAGGCUUCAAAGACUUUGAAGACACUUUGACGAUGCGCUUUAUAGACACUGUCAAAGAAAAUGGGAAGAAUAAUGUUAACUCAGAGAUACGAAAUCUUCAAAAUGAACUCAAACAAAAAUUGGAAACCAAAACAAAACAUAGAAACAGUCACACAUAUAAGGUCAGCUGGAGUGUAAAAGGAAUAGACCCAGGAGUCUGUAAAGAACACGAAGAAUACUUAAAGACCUUUUGUAAGGAUUUUUACAAUGAUUUUAGUCAGAUGAUUGACAAUGCCCUCGACAAAAGAAAAUCACAAAUUCGCAGAAGACAAUUUCGGAGCCAGUUUCCAGAAAUUCUUCAUCACCUACAUUUUUGCAAAACAAAAUGCAAAACAUUCUGUGGACAGGAAACCAUUCUGAACACAGUGAAACACUACAUUUUGAAUACCAGCAUGAACAAACCAUUUGUUCUUCAUGCUCCAUCUGGAAGUGGAAAAACAUCAGUAAUGGCUAUGAUAGUGAACAACUUGCGCACCUGGCUGAAAGAUGAUAAUUUUGUUGGAAUUAUUCGAUUUUUGGGAACCUCUGGACUUUGUCUGAAUGUCUAUGAUGUAUUGGUUAGUUUGGUAAAACAACUCUCCGAUGUUUCAGGGAUAAGGAUGGAACCAAUUGGUUUCAAAAAGAUGAAAAAUUUGUUGGAGUACUUCCCAAGGUUCAUCAGAAGGGUUGCAAACACUUUAAAAAAGCCAGUAAUUAUUUUGCUUGAUUCCAUAGAUCAACUCUCAGGGGAGUAUGAUGCACACAGUAUGAAGUGGCUACCAAUGAUUCUGCCACAGAAUAUAAAGGUCAUUAUAUCCACGCUUCCAAAUGAGUUUGGAAUUUUACAUAGUAUGAGAGCUUUAUCACAAGAUUCAAGCUAUUACCUAGAAAUAAGUGAUAUGCCACUUCAAUCAGGGAAAGAAAUGAUGGAGAAAUACCUAUCUCUACAAAAUCGAUCGCUUUUACAAACCCAAGAAAAGGUAUUGAUGGAUGCAUUCUCGAAAUGUCCAAGUCCCCUCUUCUUGAAAUUAAGCGUAGAUGAAGCAAAGAAAUGGAAAUCAUACACCGAUGAGCAUCAUUUGAUUUUGCAAGAAACAGUUCAGGGUGCAAUAAACAAGCUCUUUGACAAUCUUGAAGUGAAAUUUGGACACAUUGUCUCUGGUCAUGCUCUAGGUUAUAUCACCAUAGCAAGGGAUGGUAUCUCAGAAAAUGAGUUGGAGGAUGUUUUGUCUUGUGAUGAUGAAGCUCUAAAUGAUGUCUAUCGUUAUCACAAUCCACCAGUAGAGGGAAUUGUGAGAAUACCCCCUGUUUUGGUAGCUCGGAUCAAAUACGAUAUUAGAGAAUAUAUUGUGGAAAGACUCUCACAAGACAAAUACACCAUGAACUGGUAUCACAGACAGUUUACUGAGUGUGCUAAAGCCAGAUACUCAACAGGCACACAAGGAGAAGUAUUGCAUAAGAAUUUAACUGAGAUUUUUAUGUGUGAGACGUCCCUGAAACGAGAUAUAACAUUAACCAGGAGAAAAUUGACCAUUUCAAAUGCAGACAGACAAGUCACAGAGCAGCCUGUUUCAGAUCAAAACAAAAGAAUGUUAUUUUGUCUUCCAUAUCAUAUUAUUCAAUCAGGAAGAUCCAUGUCAUUGCAAACUGCAAAAGAUAAAUGCUUCUGCAAUUUUAAUUUCAUUCACAACAAAUUAGAGGCCUUUUCAGCAGAUGUUUUGGUCAGUGAACUCAACGAAUUUCUUCAAUUACAAGAAGAUCCUGAAUUAGAAAAGUUGAGGGACUUUUUCAUUUCAUCACCAAACGAUGUAUUCUCACCAAAGAGAUUGGCAAUCAGUCUUCUGGAAUAUGUUUCAGUCGAUACUGCAGACACCUCUCUGCAAAAGCUUCUUAGCAAGGCUGAGGACUUUCUAAGAAAUCAAAGUACGUCUACUUUGAUUCCCCUUCAUCCAGGAAAGGCUCCUAGAAAAGGUCUUGCAGAGGCUAUUAUUUGUUCCUUCACUGAGAUCGACGGCAUUAUAUCAUACAGCCAAGGGGCAAUUUUAGUGAAAGAUUCUUCUAAUCAAAAUGAGGAUGUCGCCAAUUCAUCUUACAAAGUUUUUUUCGAUAAUGCUGAGGAACUGGUUGAUGUGGGCGUUCCCUUUAUUACCAGAGAAGAACAUCAACCCAUUGUUGAUAGAGAUGGUCAAAAUGUAAUCUUUAUAUCACCAGAUUCUGUUACAUGCCUUAAUUUGGUAGAAAAAUGUAAAAUUAAAAGACAGUUUCAAAAUCUCUUUGCAAGAGGUUCCAAGCAGGAUAUUUGCAAAAGGAUCAGUACAAGUAAAAAUUAUUUGGUAAUGCUAUUUGAAAAUGAAAUCAUCAUAAAAUUGAAUAUUAUCAACUUGGAAGAGAUAAAUAGAUGGACAUUAAUUGACAGAACAGCAGAUGUGCUGGAUAUCAUCUGCACAGACACAGAACAUAUUUUGGUCUUAGUUGCAAGAAAUGCAGAUAAUGGAAGCGAACUUCUGGUUUAUACCAAAGAGACGAAACAUCCGAAACACUAUUAUUUUGAUUGUCAGAUGUCCAAAAACUGUUGGGGAAUAUCUAAAGCAGAAUGUCUGUUUACUGUCUUGGGUAACAAAGGAGAGACCCAUACAAUAACAAGUGUCGAUUUCAACAAAGGGGAGACUAGGACACCGAUUGAAAUCCAAGAUCGAUUGAAGUACAUUUCAUAUUCAGAAUCAACAUCAAUAGUAUGUUGUUGGAGUGAUGAACAUAACGUUGUUGUUGCUUUUGAUCUAGAAAUAAGAAAAUUAUUGUACAGAGUAAAAGUCAGUAACCUAGUGUCUUGUGCUACACUUGGUGGGGAAUCCUCUCUUUUGUUUGUAGGAGAAGAAGACGGGACCGUUUCAUUGUUUGAUAGCGUAACUGGUAACCCUUUUACUAGUGUCAAAGCUCAUGGGGGCAGAGUUCAACAAGUAGUCGUGCUUGAUGAACUUUUGAUUUCUCACGGGAAGGGCAAAAUGUUGGUUUGGUCCUUGAAAUACUUACUUGAGAGUCUACAGAAGGGACAUGAAAAGAAGUGUGUUUCAUCUGCUAAGCGGUUACUUGAUGAAACUUCAAUCAUUUCCAUUGCUUUGUAUUCCCAGGAUGACCAGUUUAUCACUGUAGAUGAAAAUGGUGGGUUGAAAAUCUGGACAAUUAACGAGGGAAAAUUUGUGAAAGAAUUCUCAACCAACUUGAAGCCGAAGAAAGUUUUGUGUUUAAAAGAAAUGUGUUGUGUUCUUAGUAAAAACAAAGAACUCAGACUCUUCAAUUUGCAGACUUCAGAAAGGGUUGAUAUUGAUUUACCGAAAGAUGUUCUAGACGUUGUAAUGGGAACAAAUUCAACGGUAUUAUAUACGCUUGGAAUGAAUGGUAAAUAUCUGGUUGUGUCAAUUUUGGACUUAAGACAAAAAACGACGCGGAAGUCUUUUCCUCUUCAGUCCAUUAUACAGUUUGAAUCUCUAGACAUCUGCCUGAGUCGAAGUGAGAGAUAUCUUUGUAUUCGGCUGAAAGUUACCCAAGAGGAGUUAGAAAAUAUAAAAGCAUCAUCAGAAAAGCGGUCUUUUACUCCACAGGAUCAUCCAAACAAAUUUGUAGCUGUUGAUUUACAGCAAGAAACUGGAGGGCUCAUGCCUUGUGUGAGAAAUUUUAGUCCUAUACCUCACCUCGGAGAAGUCAUAUGCUCUCAUAUAGGAAAUUCAAUGAUCAUCAACAAAAGAGAUUGGGUCAUAUUUUGGGACAUUCCAGCAGGAAAAUGCCGGAGGAGAGCAAAAGAAAAAGAACAGUCAGCAAAUAGAAAUAACUGGUUUGAGAAUUUUAAAGAUUUCAAAGGACAUAGUAAAGCACUGGCGCAAACCAAGGAUGGACAAACUAUGGCUUUAGGAAUGAAAAGUGGCUAUGUCCUUCUUUUCAAUACCACAACAGCUUACCCAAUUGGAGAAAAGUUACCUAUCACCAAACAUGCAGCACCAGUGACGAGUUUGGUAUUUUCUGCGGACGGUCAUUGGUUAGCUUCAGCGUGUCAAAACAACAGAAUUAAAGUAUGGAACUGUAUGACAGCUACCGAGAUCUUCAGUACCAAAGCACACGGAGAGGUCCAGGAAAUGAUUUUCUCAAUUGAUUCAAGACAUUUAAUAGCACUGUCUGGCAAACAGUUCUCACGCAUUCUUUUGUACAGGAUACAUCCAGGAGACAAUGAAAGGGUGGAUAAAUAAUCUGGCUGGGUAUACAGUUUACAAUUACUCAGGGUUACUUAAAAAAACACCUUAAUCAUCUGUAUUUUCAUGCCAUUGCUAUUAUUCGUAUUGUACAUGUAUUUAUGAAUUUAUUAUUUGAAGUCAA